GUGCGGUGAAAGAGAAAUUCGCUCUGCGCCGCCGCCAAAGCCUGGGCUCUGGAUGGUUUCGGGGAAGUGCUAGAAACUUGGCCAUAAAGAGAAUGGCGUCCAUUUACAUAAUGCUUUGUCUGCAUUUUGCAAGUCUCUCGUUAAACUCGCAGAAACCCCACCUCCUGAGCUGGUGUCGUUUUAGUCGCUGCCGCCUUGUCAGACAUUUAAAAGACAAUGGCGUGCAUCUUGGGGGACCGCAUUUACCCAUGCUCUGAGGAAUUCUUGCGGUUUUCCCCGCGCGGGCUAGGCUCCCGCUACUGCCUUUCGGGCCUUUGCCUGCUUGGUGCAGCCGCCGCGCCCGCGCUCUCCGGGGGCGGCCCCCCAACCGGGCCCCGCCAUCUUGGAAGGCCUUUCCUGCCGGGUGACGAGCCGCGAGUUUCUCUCCCUAAAGAUAGGUCGCCGGGGCCAUCGGUGUGCCAGUUGUGAUUUCUGCCCCUUCCCCUUUCCUUCGGCUAAGCCAGGCAGAAAAGUCCUUGUGCGCGGCGUGCUUCAGGAUCCCUCAGGGAAAGCGGCCAACGUGGCGGCCCCUCCAUUCCCCCUUCCCCCCCUUUCUCCCCCCGGGGGUGGCCGCCAUGUUUCCUGAACACAAAAUGGCGGCACGUGGCCCGGAUUCCUCGCCAACGAGAAAUUGGGGUCGACCCGAAAGCUCUAGAACGCGUACCCCCGACCCAACCCCGGCACCCCGUGCUGGUGGCCCGGGGCCUUCUCGCGCUGCCAGUGCUCUGACCAGACAGAUAAAACCCUUCAGGGUAGUCCAAACCUCGGCAGGCGAAUAUUAAUACAUUUAUUUCAUUAAUUGGAAAUGGGAAUGCGAGUAACUAAAAUGUAGGCAUCAUACCGAAUCUGUCUCUUAUUUCAAGUUUAAUAAUGGAUGAUCAGGAGGGCAGUACCAAUGCAUAAUCUGGGCCCCCAGAACCAAAACAUUUAGGAAUUGGCUUCUGUGAGAAAUGAGAUGGGAAAUGAAAGCUUUUUAGACUUCUAGCAUAGGCUAUUGUGCUGGAGAGAUAAAGAAGUGGUAUUAUAAAGCUUCUUUAAAAAAGAAUUUCCAUGAUACCUGUGAGCUUUUCACUGGCCAGCUGGCCCGUGAACCUCAGUUUACCAUAAUUGUUAACUUGUAGGCUAGGAGAGGCAGACGUUUACAUUUACCACCGCCAGAUCCUGUGCUAGACAUUUUACCGCAUAAUGUCUUUAAUUUUUUACAGUGAUCCUCUGAGGUACGUGUUCUCUCUCUCUUUUUUUAACAGACGAAAUCACUUAGGCCCAGAGAGGUGAAGUGACUAAUUGAAGGUCACACAGUAUCGAGGAUGGAAUCCAGACCUGAUACACUUAAUUGACCUGCACUAUCUUGUGGAUAUGUGAGUGAAUUCUACACCACCCAUUUUACAGAUGAAGCCACUGAAAUACAGAGCAACUGACUACAUAGUCACCACCCCACCCCUGGAGCUUCACACAUGACUCUUCUCCCACUUGAGUGUCUGACUGCAGGUGGUCUAGUCACCAUAACAUGGUAGUUGAGAAUGUGACUCUGGAGCUAGCCUGAUGGGGCCUGAAUUCUGACUCAGCCACCUAUUGUGUGACCUUGGCUUCCUGAGCACAUGCUGUCAGAAAAUCCUGCCUGGACCAGCCCCUCCCUCACCUUGGACUUUACCUUCAUUUCUUCUUUCUCCAUCUGCUGAAGCUGCCAGCCAGCCCCUUUCACCCCCUGGUGGUGUCCAGACCACUCCUGAGAGCCCAGCCUGGGCUCCCUGAGGGCUUGCCAAGAAAGUCAAGUAGAAUGUGCACACUCCUAGAGUCCCUCAUGAUGAGAACUCCCAUGGUGAACUGUGAUUUAUAGUCAGCAUAGCAUGUUGUGCCAGUUGAAACAGGAAGUGGUGAAUGGGGUGAUGCCAUCAUGGCCAACGGUAUCAUCAGCUUCUGGAUCCAAGUAAAGAGGACUUCUCUGAGGCUUCUUUCUCCAGAUGAGGAAGCUGAGACAUGGAGCUGUAAAGUACCUAACUCAGGGUUCCCGUGGUGGCAGUCUAAGCUUGGCCUCUCACAAGGCUCAUGGCAAGUGUUCCAGGACUUCUCUCUCUGCUGCUUCAGGAACCUUGGGAGCACCAGGGAUUGUUUAUAUCAAUACAAAGAGAAAGAAAGAACAAAGCAAUGACAGGAUGCAAGCCACCUUCUGAGACUGAGAGGAACUGAGGAGCUGAGGUGGUUUGGCAGAAGUGGACCAUGAGGGACUGAGAAGGGACCUGAGAGGAUGAGGCUGUCUCAGAAAGACCGUUAAAAAAAAAAGAGUUUGGAUGCUACUGAUGUACCAGAUGAAGGCACCCCUCCAGGCCUGACAUUCACAGCCAUCGAGGACAGCGAGUGCUGAGGAAGAGUAGGCAGUGCUUCCUGGGAAAAGGUGAAGAUUGAAGACCUGAUGCCAUAACCCACUGAGGUGCAAUCCCUGAAGAAGCUGGGGCCCAGCUCCCUGGAGCUGUGCCAUCAACCCUCCUCACUCACACCAGCGCUGGGACAGGGGCUCAGGACAGACUGGGGCAGGAGCUGUGUUGCGUGAGGCAGGCAGUGGGGGACCUUGCUCAUGGGGGCGAGAGCCCAGAGGUAGGAGGAACGGGGGGUGUUAUGUCCCUGGCCCCGCACAGGUGGGAGCAGAAGGCGAGUUGACCCACUUCUGGCUGUGGCUGUGGCUGCUUCACCGCUUAGCCUGCACGUACAUGCUGGGCUUCAACUCUUCAAAACCGGGCUGGGAAACAUCUGCGUUCAUUAGUUUGUACGCCAUGGUGAUGGGACCUCCUAGCUUUCUGAGCCAGCAUGUGUUCCCAGAGGCCAAUAAACAGCAGGUGCCUCCAAUAAAUAUGAUUGUAAUAUUCCCUAUAAGUGUGUGUGCAAGUAAGUCUGUGAAAUCAAAGGUGGGAGCAGAAUUCCACAUGCAUGUUGCACAAUUUCUCAGGUGUUUUGAACUGAGAACUGUAGUGUGACUGUGUGUUUGAUGUGGGUCUUUGUGUGCAGGAUGUGUCGCAGUGUGUGAGGAGUGCGUUUUGUGAACAUGUGUAUAUGUGUGAUAAGGAGGGUGUGUGUGUGUGUGUGUGUGUGUGUGUGUGUGUGUGUGUGUGUGUGUGUGUGUGUGUGUGUGUGUGUGUGUGGAGAAGCCCCAUCAGAUUGGAGACAAAACCAGCUACAUAAUUUACAGGGCCUGGUGCAAAAUCAAAGUGUGGGCUGCUUGUUCCAAAUUGUUGGGAAUUUCAAGACAGAACAACAGAGCAUCAAGCCAAGCUCAGGCCUUUUUGAACGCAGGGCCCCACGGGACCUCGCAGGUCGAAUGCCCAUGCAGUCGGCCCUAGCUGGAGAAAGCACACCUCCUGUCUCUCCUCAACCUUUUUUUUUUUUUUUUUUUUUGCUGUCUUGAAAAGUCCUUGAAUCCCCCUUUGCUCUCUCUCCAUCCAGCUCCCAGGGUGACCUUGACCAUGGGAGUGUUGGGUGCUGGCUCGCCAGGGGCAGCCUGGAGAGGAGCUGCAGAGCCCCGUGCACAGCAAGGACUGGUGGCACCUUUCCUGCCCCUCCUGUGUUGCAGUCUGGGUCCUGCUGGGGACACCAAAAUCUGUAAGAGUCCUGGAGUACAGUAGCCGGUCUGCCCUGCAGGUUGUCAUGACGCUCACUGAAGUGAUGGAUGUGAAAUGACUUUUGCCAAAAUGAACGCCAGACCUAAUCAAGUGAGUACCACGACCCAAGUCCCAGGGACCUCCCGUUUCUAGCCCAGAGCUAUGGGGAGACUGACUUCAGUGUCCACCAUGACGGUCUGAAAAGCCACAGUUGGCAUCUAGCAGUUCUGUUUUGCCAGCUGACAAGCCACCUUGCCUCUUACUGCCCUGGGUCACAUGCCAGCCUCCUCACUCAUUCCCACUUCCGGGGGACCAGGUGUUCCGGGGAGCGAAUACCAGGGAGCCACGAAGCCACUAGGUCAGUUCUCUGGGCCGUGGGACAGUGCCCAUCCCAGGGGCUGGGAGUCUAUCUGCAGAAGUCCACUUGCACAGGGGGGCUUCCUGGCCUUGCGGGGGUGGGGCCGUUUCUCUGGAUGCAGGGUCUGCAUUGUGCAGUCUUCUCAGAGACCCACCUGCCCUUGACGCCUUUCUCACGACUCCACUUCCCCCUCCUCUGGGCUUCUGGAAUGGCAUGAUGGCCCCACCUCAGCCAGGCAGCUGUGAUGGGAGGCGCUGACCCAGCUGCCUCUCUGCUGGCUCACUGUGUCAGGUGGAAGGGGCUGAGACAGCCGCAGGGCUCAAGGUCCUUCGGCAUGGUGGGGACCCAGGGACUGCCCAGAGGCAGGACUGGAGUCAGGGUCCUUGGGGAUUCAGCCAGGCGCUGCUGAUGAGUGGUACAGGGAGCCGGUGAGAAACAGGCUCUGGGCCAAGAAAAACAGCCCAGAGCCACAGGUGUGCUGCUGGUUCUCAGUCCUCUCAUGUCUUCAUCUCCCCUGUUUGGUGACAGCACUCAGCCAGGCCUGGAGCCCAGCAGAGAGCACCUGCUGGCCCCCCAUAGACCCUGAAGGCAGUCAUACACACUGGCUCACCGCAGGUGGCACACUUGUCAAUGAACUAGCACAGCACACUCCACACUCGCUCAAAUGGGAGCGGGCACACGAGCGGAGGGGGGCAGAGCAGGGGGCUCUGUGGACAGGUGACAUUUAAGCAGGGCCAUAGAAGUGGGUACCCCCAACAGUCCCAGGUUCCUUGCACAGGCCCCAGCCAGGCGCCAGCCCUAGGACUCCCAGAUCUGCCUCUGGGCAUCUGUUGGGUGGCGCAGGGUGGCCCGGCACAGCCCCACCUCCACCCCAGCAAGAGGUCCCGCAGCCACCUUUCUCCAUCUGAAGCCUUCCAGACUCUCACCACUGGCUUUGCUAACAUGGUGGACGUUUACCCCUCUUGGAACAAAGGAGUGGAAUUCCCUGGCUGCUCUUUCCAUAAAUGACCCACUAAGAGGGUAGGAGUGGGAGGGCUGCAGCGCCUGGGGACAGGGCUCUUGGAAGUUUCCUGGAAAGUGAGCCAGGAGGAGUUGAGCAUGGGGCCAAUUCGGAGUCGAGCAUGGGGCCCGCCCAGAGCUGGAUCCCAAUUCCGGACCCCGGCACCCACUCCCAGAGGUUCAGGAUUGGCACCAGCCCACUUCAGAGCCUUAAUGAGGACGCACAGGCCAGGGCCUAGCCCACAAAUGCUGACUCUGAAUCACGUGUGAUCAACAAGGGGAAAUGACUUUAGCAAUUGUGUUCAUGAAAAAUGCUUGUGUGUGUGUCUCCUUCUUUAAAAACCUAUUUCUGGGCAUUCUUGAUUCUGGGACCCUGUUCCAUCUCUCUCUGAAGGAGAAUCAUACGGUGUUCUACACUUGGUUCAGAACAUACUGGAAAUACCCACCCGUGCAUCACGCCAAGCAGGAGUGCAGGAAAUGUAAGCUGCUUUCCUUUAACCCCCUCGAAGGGGUCACUUGAGGUUGAGGGCAAAGGGGCUUCCCCAGCCUAGAAGCUGAUGGGCCUCUGGCUCCUGCUUCCCCCUUCCUCCUCCAGCUAAUGACAAACACCUGGAUGUCUUAACGUCCUCCGUGAUGUCUUAACGUCCUCCGUGUCCUCAUCUGUUAUUCUGGGACACAGCCUGGGGAGGCUACCUGAGUAAGACCCCCCUGACUGAGGCUGGCCCUUCUUGCCACGUGGGCUGGCCAGUGCCAGCCCACGUGGAUGGAUGCAGAAGGGUGAGGCACUGAUCCUGCUCGUUGGACAGGAUGCUGGCAGGAGGGUGGGAGGAGCAGGGGCGGAGCUUCCAGAACAAAGGUGAACAGGGAGCCCUGGGGGCCCAGAUAGGCAUCAAAAAGGCUCUGCAGAGGGAGCAGGCCGCAGCACUGCCCGCCUCUGCGCCCAGCAGUAGGUCAUACAACCCUCGCCUGGUCCCUCCUGCCUGCCCUGGACGGGCGCCGAGGAACACUUCGCGUAGAGAGGCCCUGUUCUCCAGCGUGAUUGCGCCCACACUGCUCUGUGGCUUUCUCUACCUGGUGUGGGUUGCUACUGCAGUUCCAGAGGACAGCAGAGGGAUGGCCGGGAGCCAAGCCAGCAGCCGGGAGGGCCAUCGGGAGCGUGCCUUCGCCCCAGAGCCUUUCGAUGGAGCCAGUGCGGCCCCGCACCUCUGGCUGCACCGCUUUGAGGUCAUCAACGACCUCAACCACUGGGACCAAGUCACCAAGCUGAGGUCCCUGAAGGAGUCCCUCAGGGGUGAUGCCCUGGAGGUCUACAGAGGACUCAGUCCCGAGGACCAGCAGGACUAUGGGGCUGUGAAAGAGACCCUCCUGAAGGCCUUUGGGGGGCCCAGGGCCACCCACAGCCACCUGCCCAAGGAGAUCGUCUUUGCCAACAGCAUGGGUAAGGGUUACUACCUCAAGGGGAAAAUUGGCGACGUGCCCGUGAGGUUCCUGGUGGACUCCGGGGCCCAGGUCUCUGUGGUCCACCCGAGCCUGUGGGAGGAGGUCACCGACGGUGACUUGGACACCCUGCGGCCCUUUGAGAACGUGGUGAAAGUGGCCAAUGGGGCUGAAAUGAAGAUCCUGGGCAUCUGGGACACAGCGGUGUCCCUGGGCAAGCUGAAGCUGAAGGCAGAGUUCCUUGUGGCCAACGCAAGUGCGGAGGAAGCCAUCAUUGGGACCGACGUGCUCCAGGACCACAAUGCCGUCCUGGACUUCCAGCAUCGCACGUGCACACUGAAAGGGAAGAAGUUCCGCCUGCUGCCUGUGGGAGGGUCCCUGGAAGAUGAGUUUGACCUGGAGCUCAUAGAGGAGGAUCCCUCCUCAGAGGAGGGCAGGGAGCAGCUCUCCUGUUGAGAAGCCUCCUUUUCCUCACCCCCCCAAACACUGUCAGGAAGACCCACUUGGUGGAGCAGAAGGGCAUCCCUGGGGGUCACUUGGGCUCCACCUCCUCCUCCUGGCUCUGCAGGGGCCUUAACCUCCCCUUGAUGGGGGAGGCUUCCCUUCGGAAAGGAACAGGUGAGGGAGAGCAGGCUGGCUUUCUUAGAGGGGGAGAGGGUCCUCAUGGUUGUCAAGCUGCUGUUGGUGGCAAAAACUCGAAGGCUGAAAGAAGGUUCCAAGAAGGCUAGAAAUGAUUAUCUUUGAGAGAGAACUGGGGGACCCCUUCAGAUCCCCUGAGAUGUGACUCCAUCACCUUCAGGCCCAGGUAACCUGUCUCAGCUGGGCUUGGUCCUGGCUGCAGGGUCCUUGUGAGCAUGACCCAGCCCCCUUGGUGAGUGUCACGGCUGCUCUGGGAUUCUUCACUGUUGGGUCUUUUUACCUGCACGAUGUGUGUUUCCUUCUGUCAUUUGCUUUGAAACCCAUUGGAUCUUGUGCCAAUAAUUCAUUACUUCAAAAACCAAUAAAGGUUGACUCAUGGAAAAA